CUAAUUAAUGCCGUAUAGGUUUGGUUAGUCCUCUUUAGCAGCAACACACCUUUCCCCAUCAAAAAUCUUCUUUCAACCGUGACAUACUUAAAUUUUCUUCAUUGUUUCACUACCAUGUCACCAAACCCAAAGCAGAUCCUAAAACAUUUUUUUGAUUCAAGAAAGCUCUAACAUCAAUCAAAGCCAUCUAUCAUGACUGGUUUUCUCAGAAUCUUCUUUUCUUUCAUUUGCCUCUCCAUCCCAGCUUCAUCCCAAGUAGAAGAACUCUUCUUUAGCGGAUUCAAUGAAGCAAGGGCCAACAUGAGCUUGACUGGAAUUGCAGAGAUUGGCAAAAAUGGCAUACUGAAACUAACAAACGACACCAGUAGAUUAUUGGGUCACGGUUUCUAUCUCUCACCACUUCAGUUCAAGAACUCCACCACUGGCUCUGCCUUCUCCUUCACAACCUCUUUCGCCUUCGCCAUGGUCCCCGAGUACCCCAAACUCGGCGGCCACGGCCUUGCUUUUGCAAUCUCGCCCUCCAAAGACCUCAAAUCCGCUCUCCCGAGUCAGUACUUGGGACUUCUCAACUCCGCCACCGUCGGUAAAUUCUCCAACCAUCUCUUCGCCGUCGAAUUCGACACCGUUCAAGACUUCCCGUUCAAAGACAUCAACAGCAACCAUGUUGGCAUCGACAUCAACGGCAUGGAAUCCAAUCAGUCAGCUCCUGCAGCCUACUUUGCGGAAGAUUCAAGCUUGCAAAAUCUGAGUCUCAAGAGUGGAAAACCCAUGAUGGCAUGGAUCGAAUACGAUUCCAUUACAAACCUUAUCAAUGUCACAAUUUCUCCUUCUUCUUCCAAACCCAGAAUACCAAUCCUGUCCUUUCACUGUGAUCUCUCUCCGAUUCUCCAGCAAGAGAUGUACGUUGGGUUCUCUGCUUCCACUGGUUUGCUUGCUAGCUCCCAUUACAUAUUGGGUUGGAGCUUUAAAAUGAAUGGGCAAACAAAAUCGCUCAACUUAGGUUCUCUCCCAUCUGUGCCACUACCCAGUACCAAGAAGAAACACACCACUCUAAUUUUAGUUGCUACCGUUUUGUCUUUUAUUCUUGUAAUUGGUGCAGCCUUCGUUGCUAUUUAUUUCUACAGGAAAAUGAAAAACAGGGACAUAAUUGAAGCUUGGGAAUUCGAAGUUGGUCCGCAUAGAUACUCAUAUCAAGAACUCAAGCAAGCCACUAGAGGCUUCAAGCACAGUGAGCUUCUUGGGCAUGGUGGAUUUGGACAAGUUUUCAGAGGGAGACUGCGAAAGUCGAAAACCCAAGUUGCUGUGAAGCGUAUUUCUCAUGAAUCAAAGCAGGGUUUGCGUGAAUUUGUGUCUGAGAUAGCUACCAUUGGCCGGCUUCGUCACCGGAACAUAGUUCAGUUAUUGGGCUGGUGUCGUCGUCGCGGUGACCUACUACUUGUUUAUGAUUUUAUGCCUAAUAAAAGCUUAGAUCAACAUUUGUUUGACAAACCCAAAUCGAUACUGAGUUGGGAACAGAGGUGCAAGAUUAUCAAAGGUGUUGCUUCGGGGCUAUUGUACUUGCACGAAGGAUAUGAACAGAUUAUUAUACACAGAGAUGUUAAGGCUAGUAAUGUGCUGCUAGAUGGGGAAUUAAAUGGUCGACUUGGUGACUUUGGGCUUGCAAGAUUGCACGAGCAUGGAUCGAACCCGGGCACGACUAGGGUGGUGGGCACGCUGGGCUACCUUGCGCCAGAGUUGUCACGGACAGGGAAGGCAACACCAGGGUCUGAUGUGUUUGCUUUUGGUGCGUUGUUGCUUGAGGUUGUUUGUGGACGUAGGCCAAUUGAAUCCAAGGCAUUGCCUGAACAGUUGGUUUUGGUGGACUGGGUAUGGGACAAAUGGACACAUGGGAGGAUCAUUGAUGUAGUAGACCCUAAAUUGGAGGGUGUGUUUGAUGAAAGUGAGGUUGUGAUGGUGUUGAAGUUGGGGUUGAUGUGUUCCAAUAACGCGCCUGUGGCGCGCCCUAGCAUGAGGCAAGUGGUUGGGUACUUGGAAGGGGAGGUUAGGGUUCCAGAGGACCUUAAACCGCCUUACACUGCACGCAGUGGAGGGAAGAGUGCACACAGUGGAGAGAAGGGUGGAGUGGAAGGGUUUGAUUCUUAUGCAUCAUCGUCAUCAUUUGACAAAGUGAGCUCGUCCUAUUCAUUCAUGGCAAACCGUGAUGUUUCUACUUCGCCUCUUUCACUUCUCCACAAUUCAGGAACCCUAGAUAGCAGUGAAGUGAUGGCAGAGUUGAUCAGAUGAUGUGAGAAAUAAGGCAAAAUGUGUUCAAAAAGUUUUAAAGCCUUGAUAAUUUCUUCCUUUAUCUCUUCAAUACAAAGUUCAAAUUACUUGCCAAGUUGUAACAUUUGUUUGUUCUCCUCCACGUUUCCCUGUAAAUGAUUUAAAGUGAUGGUUGAACAGAGCAUCUGCUACAAUUUAGUGUCUUACAAUGCAGCAUCUGAAAUGAAAUGAAUGUAGUCUCUUGUUCA